ACCUCCUAUAUAAUCUCAGCAAAGACAAGAUUUUGAACAGACCUGCUUGGAUCUUCGAAGAACAACCAUGAUUCGUCCAUCUUUAAUCUUAUUACUGGCGAUUCUACCUUGCAUAGUUUUAUGCUUGACACCUCUCCAAGAUAAACAAUGCCAAAGUGUCUACGCAAAAGCAUCGAGAAUAGUACGAAACAAAUGUCUUUUUAGACGUUACGGAUCUUGUAGCGGACGAAGGCAUGGCGGAAGAAGAUCGGGAGGAAGAUCCGGAACAUCAGAUGCCAUUGAUGAACGGCAAAACAAUCAAGCAGGAGCCAAUACACGCAAUGGAGACAAUACAGCCAAUGGAGCCAAUGGAGCCAAUAAUGCUGGAACUGGUAACGCAGUAAUCGAUAUUGGAAACCUCACCCCAGCUGCUGCUGCUGCCGCUACUGCGAGAACCGCUGCUGCGGCUCAAGCUGCUGCUGCUGUCGCUGCAAACACCGCUGCUGCUGAAACCGCAAACGCUGAAGCUGCAAAUGCUGCUGCUGCCGCCGCUGCCGAUGCUGCCAUAGCCGCCGCUGCCGCUGCUGAAGAAGCUGCUGCCAUUGCUGCUGCCAACCCUGACGACCCCGAAGCCGUUGCCAACGCCACCGCCGCCGCUGCUGUUGCUGCCGAAGCUGCUGCCCUAGCCGCCAGUACUGCUGCUGAGGCCGCCACCGCCAACGCUGCUGCUGCCGCUGCUGUUGCCGGUGCCGCCGCCGCUGCUGCUGCCGCUGUCACUGCCGAAGAUGCUGCUGCUGCUGCUGCAGCCGCUGCCGCUGCCGAUGCUGCUGCAGCUGCUGCCGCUGCCGCUGCUGCUGCUGCCGCUGCCAAUGACACUGUCGUGAACGGAGAGGCAGCUGUAGUCCUGCCGGAUAACCAGUUGGCCAUUGCUGAAACCGGUCUUGUAUUUGUGGUCACUGGAAGACUGAUUCAGCAGCUGUUAGACGAUGGAGCUAUCACAGCAGAAAAUCUUCUACCUGCAGUCCAGCCUCCCUUGGAACUUGUUGAGAAUUGUCCGUUCGUCGAAGCCUUAACUUGUGAUGCUACAGUUCCUUACCGUUCUGCUGAUGGCUCUUGUAACAACCUUCUGUUCCCCUACCUUGGCCGAUCAAACACUCCUUUCGAUCGUUAUUUGCCAGCUAUUUACGAAGACGAUCUCAGCGCUCCUCGUGCUACCGGUGUUAAUGGAGGAAACCUUCCCGGAGCCCGAUUGAUUAGUACAACAUUCCAUGGCGCCAGUACUCAAGAAAACGUCAAUCCUGAUUUUACCCAUCUGCUAACAAUGUUCGGUGUCUUCCUCAACCACGAUCUUCAAGAUUAUCCUGCUAUGCCAACAAGUGGUGACUGCUGUGAAACUGACGACAUCGACAUCUGCUUUCCUAUCGCCAUCCCAGAAGACGAUCCCUUUUUCGCUCAAUACAGUAGAACAUGCAUGGCAUACACCCGUAGCCUAGCCACUCCCCCACUUUCCUGCGCUUUGGGUCCACGCGAACAGUUGAACGGUGCGACUAGCUUCAUAGAUGCAUCUCAGGUGUAUGGUUCUGAUUUGACCAGACAAACCACACUGAGGACAAUGACUGGUGGACUAAUGAGAUCAACCUCAACUGAUGAUCUCGACCUUCUGCCCCAGUCUAACACCACAUUCUGUCUUGCCUCUGAAGGAAACCUCUGCUUCAUUGGAGGUGAUAACCGAGUUAAUGUACAACCUAUGAUGAUGUCCCAACACACCCUCUUCCUUCGAGAACACAACCGCAUAGCUAACGCGCUGAGCACCGGCCACCCAGAUUGGACCGACGAAGUCGUCUUUCAAGAAGCUCGCAAAAUCGUCAUUUCUGAGAUGCAACACAUUGCAUACGACGAAUAUCUACCCAAAGUACUCGGCCCUGAAUUUAUGAACACCUACAAUCUGAACUCACUUACAGAGGGUUACUCCUUGUACAUAGGCAACAUCAAUCCUGCUAUUCGUAAUGGUUUCGGCGCCGCUGGUAUUAUCUACAGUCACUCCGGAAUUAGAGGCCUUAUUACCAUUGGAGAAACUCAGAAUGCUCUUAUUUCCUUGUACUAUAACGCAGAUGUUUUCUAUGGAGAAACCGAUGCCCCUACUUUAGUUUACCGAGGACUUACCUCUGAUUUGGCACAAGAAGUUGACAGACUGAUGACAGAAGAUCUAACCAACAGAUUAGUUGAAACAGCCCCAGGAAAUGGCUGGGAUUUAGCUGCACUAAAUAUCCAGCAAGGACGUGAUAAUGGACUCCCAUCAUACACAGCUUGGAGACAGUGGUGUGGAUUGUCUGUUCCUGAAAACUUCACAGACCUCGUAGAUCACACUGAAGAAAAUCAAAACCUUCUCUCACAACUUUACGAGAAUGUUGCCGAUAUUGACGUAUGGAGUGGUGGUGUGUCCGAAAUCCAAGUUGCAGGUGGCGAUGUUGGUCCUACAUUAGCUUGCAUUACAGCACGACAGUUCCAAGCUUUGAAAGUCGGAGACAGAUUCUGGUACGAAAAUGCCGGACCCAACCAGUUAUCGCUCGAUACUUUGGCUGCUGUAAGAAACGUUACAAUGUCUCGAUUAAUCUGUGACAACACCAACAUCGAACAGAUCCAAGCUGAUGCUUUUCUGCAAAUCUCUGACACUAACCCCUUGGUCAACUGUAACAGUUUGCCAUCUGCUGAUGUCUGCGCUCUGGUGAGAAGUUACGGUGUUUGGUCUGCUUGGACUGCUUGCGCUGAUGGCCAGAUGAGUCGAACUAGAGCUUGUGCCGCCCCAGUUGAUGGUCCUUGUUCUUGCGACGGGGUAGCAGAAGAAACCCAAGUACAAGUGUGUCGAAAUCGAGCUCAGCAAUAAAGGAUAUAAGCACAAGACAACGAAGAUGAUAAUGAAAUGAAUAUAUAAAUGUAUAUGGAAUAUGAUUGUGAAUAAAUAUUUUCCUUGUCUGCUUUA